AUGGAUGUGUCAAACACCUACCAACCGAGUUCUUGUGUUAUCUACCAACAUCGAUGUUCUCAACAAUCCCUGCACGAACAACAGGUCCAAGAUGUACGUAAUCCGGUGGACCAGGUGCCCGCUACUGCCCCUGGUGCCGGUACCAACGGCGACCCUGGUGAAGGGCUUGACGAGGACAGAAUGGCAAGGGGCGAAAACCACCACACCGCAAAAUACGCCUUGCAGCUCGGUGGAUCGACUACCUUGUGCUCCGAGGAUGAUGGCCAGGACGUCAGUGACUUGCUCGUCGUGAAGUCUCCUGGCAGCGAUCAACGUGACGUGUUGGCGUCCGCUUCCGCACAGACCGCCCCGAUCGUCGAUGGCAACGGCGACAGCCCGAACCUACCGAUCGUGCUACCACCACACGCGGCCGCUGAAAAGGGCCCUGGACAAGACGACGGGCCAGAAGGCACAGAAGUGGAGUCACGGCGCCUCCCCAACCAGGACGAAGCAUCUACCGAGGGAGAUCAUCCCGAAGAAGAGGCCAUGACGAACGGCCUCUCUCGCCCUUCCUCCCCGAGCUGGAUCGGAGCUCGCCAUGUUGCGACCCAUGACGAACCUCAGAUUCGUGGCGAUUCAGCGCCUGGAGCACCCGCUUCUGCUGCCUCGGACAUGUUGACCUGGGUGGAAUACAAGUACUUUGGCAUUGCUGUGGUCGGCUUGUUGCUGGUGGUUCUUACCGUCAAGAGCAGAGUUGGGAUGGAGAUGGUUGCUGCGGCCAUGCUGGCGAUGUCGCUGGCUCGGGGUCGGGUGCCGCACGGGCGCGUGGCGGAGCCAAGGCGCUGGCACUCCUCCGGCGUGGGGCGAGUGAGCGUGAUUGGGUGA